AUGCAUGACAAAUGUUUUAUACAACAAUCAAACAAAUUUUGCGGUUCAAAAAUGCACGAAUUUUUGAUUAAUUUAAGUCGGCGAACUUUUCGAGCACUUCUGGAAUUACUGGAAGAAUCCGGAUUAAUCAAGCAUUUACCGGAUUCAUGCGGAUAUUGGGCAAAAAAAUCAUCAGGUUAUAAUUGGCAUAAUGAGCGCAAAAAUGCUCAACGUCGGGAAAUUUCCGCCAGCAGUUGUAGACACCAAGUGACACUGAAAGUGAAUGAUGGCCAAAGGGUUGGUUUCUCAAAUUACAUACAGAACCCAAACAUUAAUUACAUUAAUUCUCUCCCAUGUGACCCCAAUUAUACGAUUGCGAUUGUCAUUUCCAUGAAGCAUUUGCAUGUUUCAUCAACAAAACAUUUUCAAAGUUAA